UCCGUGGUUGCUGGGUAACGCUAGAAGAGCGUACAGGAGAAAUAACAACUGGAGAAAGCCAACGCUAUAUUUUUUUACUUUGCAAUUUUUUCAUAGGGAAAAAGGGGCGCUGAUCAUUUAGGCAGUUUAUCGGUGAUUCGAAUGUGAUAUUUGAUAAAGUGAACGUCAUGACGCAAAGACCACCUUCCGGUAGACCGAUGAGUCGUGGGGCUUUGGCACUUGGAGCGGGAAGACCCCCUACGGCAAUCAGGCCUCCGCAGACGGCGAUCAGAGUGGGAACAGGGAUGGUUCCGGGGACUGGUCGACCAGGGACACGGGGAGGGCCCAUGGCCACUCCAGGAGUCCUGUCUGCUCAGAUCAAAGUGGCUGACCGACCUGUCACUCAGCAGGGCUUGAGUGGCAUGAAGACCGGGAUGAAAGGGCCACAGAGGCAAAUCCUGGAUAAAUCAUAUUACCUCGGAAUACUCAGGAGUAAAAUAAAUGAACUUACAACUGAAUCCAGUAAAUUGCAAAAGGAAAUCGACAACUUCAACCAAGAGAACUCUGUCUACCUGUCCUAUGAGAAGAUAGCUGAAGGACUUGCUGGUGAAAUAAAAGACCUUCAGGGACAACUGGCAGAUUAUAAUAUGCUUGUGGACAAACUGAACACUAACACUGAGAUGGAAGAAGUGAUGAAUGACUUCAAUAUGCUGAAAGCCCAGAAUGAUCGAGAAGCCCAAAGUAUUGAUGUCAUUUUCACUGAGAGACGAGAGAAGGAGGAGAUGGUCCGGGUUGUGGAGGAGGAGAUGGAGCGGGAGAAGCAGGCUGCGGACAACAUCGUGAAGAAGAUGGCCCCCGAGAAACAGGCCAAGUACGCCGAGAUGAAGAACAGCAACGAGGAGCUGCUGCAGGAGUUAGAUUCUCAGCAACAGGAACUCGAUGCACUCAUCUCACGGAAAGAGACUUUGGAAGCCGAGAUAGCGCACUCCCAGGUGAAGCAGGAGGCUGUGCUCCUGCACGAGAAACUGCAGGAGCUGGAGCAGCGUCGGGACGCCAUGGUGGCCGAGGACAAGAGCCUGGGCUCUCCUCAGGAGGAGAGAGAGCGUCUCCUCAAACAGGUCAAAGAAGACAAUCAAGAAAUAGCAAGCAUGGAAAGACAGUUGACUGAAAUACGAGAGAAAAUGGGCCAGAUCAAUGACGAAAUUCGGCAGCUGGACAACGACAUGGAGGAGCACCAAGGGGAAAGAAACCAGAAGUACAAAGAGCUAAAGAAGAGGGAGGAGAACAUGGACAAUUUCCUGGAGACGUUUGGAGAAAGCCGGGCGCAGGAGGUGGAGCGCAGUGAGCAGACACAGGCCAGCGUCGUGGCCUUGCUGGAGCACUGCAGCCGGAACAUGAAUCGCAUGAGGCAGAUCUCCUCGGUCACAGCCAAUGAGCUCAAGUCGAUGCAGGAGGACCUCAGCUUUAAGGAGACAGAAAUGCACAAGUCACAGAGCACCGCGAAAGGCCUGUCUGCAGAGAGCCAGCGUCUGCAGCAGGAUCUCCAGAAGGUGGAGCAGCUGGAGGCCAAGAUCAACACGGAGCUGUACGGCCUGAAGGAGAAGAUCCAGCACAUGACCGAGGGCCUGGAGACCUACGGAGACCUGGACGCGCUGAAGGCCGCCGGCGAGGAGAAGAAGAAGAGGCUGCAGGACGACCGGGUGUCCCUCAGCCACAGGAGAGACACCUUUCGGAAGGCCAUGCAGAAGACGAACGAGGACUAUGAAGCCCUGAAGAACCAGCUGCAGGAGAACGAGACCCAUGCACAGCUGACCAACCUGGAAAGGAAGUGGCAACAUCAUGAGCAAAACAACUUCGUCAUGCGGGAGUUCAUUGCCUCGAAGGGAAUGGAAAGUGACUACCGUCCUGUGGUGAAGACCGUGUCCAAACAACUCGCAGAGUACAAUAAGAUCCUCAUCGACGCACUCCAGGGGAGCAGGAGCUAAGGGGGACCACUUCCUUCCUCUGGGGAUUUCUCACUGGCCCCGGCCCUGGCCCUGUGCUUCCUGCAGGACUCCACAUUCCAAGUUCAUACGUUUCACAGUCGUUGCACAUGCAACUCCCCUAUCAGGCUUUAUUUGUAAAACAGGAUGCAUUUAACCUGUAUGUGUUGCGGAAUCUUGUACGCACAUUCAUGUAUGUUUCUGCAGAUCGAUUUUGUUGUAUAUUCCGAUAGUUAUCGUCCCCACAGACUUAUUUAUUGGUACGUGCUUGAUCUUGUUAUCCUAUGUGGACUCUUUGCUCUCUGUAAUGGUUUUACCUGUUGUGAGCUCACGGGCAGAAGGAGAGGAGGGGGUCAGUACACAUGCCAGCUCCGGUGGAAGCCUGCGGUCUGGCCCGACUCCAGACCCUGCUGUAGGUGAAGUGCUUUGGGGGCUCUGUUUCAGCCUCCUCCCUCAGCCUGCAGCUGUCUUGGUGGUACAGAAUGUGAGAGCUUUUUUUAAUACCCAUUUUACAAGCACGUUAUUCAUUCUUCUGAUAAAGUACACUACAGUCGUCACGGGUCAUCCUCCAACGAACCUUAAUGUUUAAAAAUAAAAGCUUUGUUAAGU